AUUAAGCGCGGAGCUGGAGAAUCAGAGGAAAUAACAGGCACAAACAAACAAGAAGGGCGUGUGGAAUAACAGGAAAGCGCUGGUAUGUGCUGAUGAAUGAGGAGAACAUGUGAAGGAAAGCGAGGAAUCAGGACGGAGCCAAUUCCUUUUCUGCUGCUGCUGCGUUCCUGGAGCAUUCGCAGCUUCACCGGAGGAUGCUCGGUCCGCUGCUGUAAUCUGGGCAGUCUCCUCAGCUGCAUCUCACUGUGCAUCCUACAGCGGAUGACAGGUGCAGCAUGAUGUGCGGACAGGAAGGUUUUCCCUGAGCAUCUGCAAGGGUUUCUCUGCCUCCCUCAGUCCGCAUCACCGCCGACUCCUGUUAGACGCAAAGGAGGGGGAAACACUGGAUCAUUUGUCCACUGUUUAAUUAUUUACCAGAAUCUGUUCCUGAACAUCAACAUAUGCUGGUGUCUUUGUUUUACACCCUCCCGUGCAUGAUCUUAAACCCGGGAUUGAAGUGUCGUUGACACGGAUCGAUGGCCAGGCAACCAGAAUUUCCUCAGAAGAGGGAUGAAACCUAAAAUAACCCCGGUGCCAAAUGCUUUCGGCGCAUCGCAGACCGAGGGAGCCUUGAAUCUGUGACACGUAUCUCCGGAGACCCCCUGUCCCCCCUCCUCCUCCUGUCCCUCGGAGCCCCGACUUUUUAAUGGCUUUUGUGUUCAGGAGAUGGAGGGUGUUACUGGUGCUGAACGUGCUCGCGGUGGCCGGGUUCAUGACUUUCUGGACCAAGUGCAACACACGCAGCAGCGUCCAAACCGGUCCGGAGUCUCCUGCGGACGGGAGGAGGCCCCUGGGCAACGGGACGGUGCAGGGGCCCAGCAUCAGCCAUGAGGUGCUGCUGAAGAGGCUCAGCUCUCUGGAGGAUGUGGUGUACAGGCAGUUAAACGGUCUGUCCAAAUCUCUGGGCCUGAUAGAGGGCUUCGGGGGUCGGGGAAAAGGCGGCCUUCCCGCAACGCUGUCCCCCGCUGAGGAAAGCGAUGCUAAAUACCUGAGGGAGAAAUAUGGCUACAAUGCGUACCUCAGUGACAGGAUCUCUCUGGACCGGAACAUACCGGACCACCGGCCCGGCAAAUGCAGAAAGGUCAGCUACCCGAGAGAUCUCCCGCAGAUCUCCCUCAUCUUCAUAUUCGUCAACGAGGCUCUGUCGGUGAUUUUGCGCUCAGUCCACUCCGCUGUCAAUCACACGCCGGCUCACCUGCUCAAAGAAAUCAUCCUGGUGGACGACAACAGCGACGACGAGCAGCUGAAGGCUCCGCUGGAGGAAUAUGUCAACAAGCGCUACCCCGGCCUGGUGAAGAUCGUCAGGAACCAGAAGAGAGAGGGGCUGAUCCGGGCCAGAAUCGAGGGCUGGAAGGUGGCCACCGCAGAGGUGACUGGAUUCUUUGACGCACAUGUGGAGUUCACCCCGUCCUGGGCCGAGCCGGUUCUGGCCAGAAUCAAAGAAGACCACAAGAGGAUUAUCCUGCCUUCCAUCGACAACAUCAAGCAUGACACGUUCGAGGUGGAGCGCUACGAGAACUCAGGCCAUGGCUACAACUGGGAGCUGUGGUGCAUGUACAUCAACCCCCCCAAACAGUGGUGGGACGAGGGGGACAUAUCGGCUCCCAUCAGGACUCCCGCCAUGAUUGGCUGCUCCUUCGUGGCCAAUCGGGACUACUUUGGCGAGCUGGGCCUGCUCGACUCUGGCAUGGACGUCUACGGAGGAGAGAACAUCGAGCUGGGCAUCAGGGUGUGGCUGUGUGGAGGCAGCAUGGAGGUGCUGCCUUGUUCCAGGGUGGCUCACAUCGCCCGGAUGAAGAAACCGUACCACAGUAACAUCGCUUUCCACACACGGCGGAACGCUCUGCGUGUGGCCGAGGUCUGGAUGGACGAGUACAAGUCCAACGUCUACCUGGCCUGGAACAUCCCCAUGGAGAACCACGGUAUUGAUUACGGAGACAUCUCUCAGAGGGUGGCUCUCAGGAAGAACCUGCAGUGUAAGAGCUUCGAGUGGUACCUCGACAACGUUUACCCGGAGAUGAGGAGGUACAACAACACGGUGUUCUACGGAGAGAUUCGUAACUCCAAAGCGAGCCACCUGUGUAUGGAUCAGGGUAUGAAGGAGAACCACACAGCCACCCUGCACCCCUGCCACGGCUGGGGUCCUCAGUUAGGACGAUUCACCAGAGAGGGCCAACUGUUCCUGGGGCCCCUGGGCAGCACCGGGGACGACACCCGCUGCGUGGUGGAUGAUCAGACCAGCAACAUCCCUCAGCUCCUCAACUGUGACAAGGUGACCAACGUCAAGCAGAAGAUGUGGCACUUUUCUCAGAAUGAGUCCAUCAUAAAUCGAGCCACAGGGCGCUGUCUGGAGGUGGUUCCGGCCAACGUCUAUUUCGGCCAUCUGCUGGUGCUGCAGCCCUGCUCUGGGCAGAGGUGGGUUAUCAGGAACACCAUGAAGCAGUAGUGGCCAUUUUCCCUGAGACCACGGAUACCAGGGGCCAAUAUUAAGAGCUGGCCCCUGAGAUCAGCUCUGUCGAGGUCCAGCGGACGAGGCAGCGGCUCCUCAUCUUCUCCAGAAACGACAGAGGAGACUUCUCAGUGAAACAAGGCUUGUGAAAAUGUUUUGUUUUUUACAAAGCGGACAUUUAAAAUAAUGCAAGUUUAGCAUGAGGACUGUAUCUCCCUCCAUCCGACCACUUUGAUGUGACGUUGCCAUAAUUCCCGUGCCACUCCUCUGCCAUGUUUUCAGUUUUAAGGAUGGAUGUUCUGUCUUAUACAGUAUGGGGGGAAAUAGAUUUUUUAUCUUCAUCCUCAAAAUGUGUCUGCAUUGUUCCUUUCUGGAUCAUGUUACAUCUUUGAAAUAUGUAAAAGAAUAAAACCCCUGGGAUUACAGUUUCAGAAUUCAUCGUAAUUUGUAGUGGGCUUCGUUAGUGGAUUUUAUCUUACCUUGAAAUUAAGCAUUAUAUUUUGCACAUAAAUGGCCCAAAGUGAUUUUUACUUUGUUCUAACAGGAGCAUUGACCCUGUUAAUAUCUAUAAUUUAAAGAAAAAGGCAUUAACAAUUAAUAAUACUUGUUGUAUCCGAGCCUUAUUGUUUUGCAGUCAUUGUGAAUCAGUAAAAAAAAAUCAUAUAGUCGAGGGCUACCGAGCUGGAUCAUAGUUUUAUAUGUCGUGGAUAUCUUUUUUAUUGUCAUUUUUUUCCCAUUGGAUAGCACCAAAUGCAGUACAUCUUGUAGCAUGAUUGUAAGUACUGUAUGCACACGGGACAAAGAAUGCCAUAACUGCUGAAAAACAGCCACAACUGACCGGCUGCAGACACACAGGAGACCUGCAGGAGGAGAAGUGCACAAGUGUAUGGAUUGGGGAAAUGCUGGAGGCUCUUGAGGCCAGUAUUAUUAUCGUAAUGAGAUGUAUAUGAUGUCAUAUAUUCAAUUAAUUCAGUGUCAUCAGUUGGAUUUUUGCUUCCA